AAACCCUAUAGCGAAAAAAAUCAAGCAGCUCCCGUUUUACUCUGGGAAAUUCACUCGCAGUACAUAACUAGGUUCAAAUGUCAGGAAAGGAUCAAGAUUAUCGUAUAUUCGUGGGAGGGUUAGCGUGGGACGUAACGGACCGUCAACUCGAAAGCGCUUUUGGCCGUUAUGGUAAAGUUAUCGAUUGUCAGUUGAUGGGUUUGAGAUGCCUUAGAUGAAAUUGUAUGGGGGAUGUUUUCUGUUCAUUGGAAUGUGCGAAGUUGCUGGACAUAAGUACUUGAUUCUUUUGAGCAGCAUGUUUUUGAGGUUUCACUUGGUAGAGUAUCCGGAAAAAGCUUAGAUCGACUGCAUGUUAACAAUGGCAAGCACUAUUGGUUUCAAUUGCGGCAGUGACUUGUUCAGAAGUACGUCCCUAACGCUGAUUGCAUUUGAUUCACAAUUCUGCUCUGGUGCCUUAAACUGGUUCAACCACCUGCUAAUUGUAAAAUUUCAAGGGGCAUUUGUAUUUUGGGCUUUAGACUUCAUGGAAGAUGAUUGGAAUAAGUGGACUGAGUGCAUCAUAGGUGGUCUGACUAGGUGGAAUCACCAUUAGUUUUAAGACUUUUCCUCAAUCGAAGUUAAAUGCUUAGCAGUCAAGUGGCAGUUACUAUCCCAUAAAUAUAUGUAUUUUCGUGAUGCGUGUCAAAUGUGGGAAUUGAGGAGGUAAGUUAUCUCUUGAUGUAAGGUGCUUAAUCAAUUGCAAGCAAUUCUGGGGUUCCUGAUAUUAAGAAAAGAAGGGGUUAAUCAAGAGACAAAUUUUGGAUAUGCAAUCUAGCUCAGAGUCUAAUUUCCACUUCUCCACAUUUUUCAAGUUAAGUUGGUGGGCAGUUUCUGUGAAUGGCACCUUUUGUUCUUGAGGCUAGCAGAACCAAUAUUAUUGAAGGUUGUUGGCAGUUGUUUUACUAGAAUUUGGGUCAUAGUGUUAUGUUGAACGGACACCAGAUUUAUGAGAAUCUAAGUGGUUCUGCAUGGUAAUAACACUCUCUUUUUAGUUGAUCUGCCACUACAGUUUGCUACUUUGUAAAGGUGAGUUCUUUUGACCGUCAAGUGGCUGCACAGGUUAAGAUAAGAUCUUUGGUGCUCGAAACGAGAGAAGCAUAAGGACUUCCUUUCAUUUUUUAAAAAUUUUAUGGGAAUAUUUAAAUUUUUACAUUCCCAUUUAUAACUAGGAAGGAUCUAUAUUAGACGACAUCCGAUCCGCUACCUCAUGUUUGGGAUGUAUAGGACACCUGUUCUUUGUUCUAAAGAAUCCUCAGGGAAAAAGGUUGUCGUGAAGCUAUGUGGUACUUAGCUAAUCUCCUGUCUCUACAUGAGCCACUUCCAAGGUUGAACAUUAUUCUUAAUUUCUUGACUUUUGAAGACCUUUAGAAGCUGUUAUGUGCAGAGUCUGGAUGCACUUCUGUUUCAUUCUCCCACUUAUCGCUCAUUCUGUUUUAAUUGGUGGCUUGUUGUUGUCGAGAUUGGACAUGAUUCUUGAUUUCUCCACACUUUUGAAGCACUAUAGAAGUCGUUGUGUGCAGAGUCUGGAUGCGCUUCUGUCUCAUUCUCCCUUGUGCUCGUCAUUUUGUUUUUACUUGGUGGUUUGCCACUGUCAAGAUUGAACGUGAUUCAUGAUUUCUUGACAUUUUUGGAGCCAUUUAGAAGCUGUUGUCUGCGGAGUCUGGAUGCGCUUCUGUCUCGUUCUCCUUCUAUAGUUAUUCUGUUUUACUUCGUUGAAUGAUCGUUUUGCCGUCAUGAGAUGUUCUUCUCUUGAGCAAGCUCAAUGCUGUCAUACCGUGGACCACCAGACGAUGACAGGCCUGUCAAGAUUCAUUAGCAGCGUUGCUUCAGCCAAGUUAGCACCUUCAGAGUGUUAUGUUUCAUGGCUUAUUGCUCUAGAUUAGUUGGCUAGCUUCAUAGUCUUCUCUGUCUGAAUUGCAUUUUGAAGGAUCAAAGUGGAUCAGCUCUUUUGAUUUUUCCUUAUCUGCUUUGAUGCCUUGAUAGCAGAAGGCAUAAAUUGGGACGUUGGAAAUUUUCUUUAAUGAGGAUUAGUUGAGCUUGUGCUUAAAAAGAUUGCUAAAUGAAUAUCAGUGUUUUGGACUGUUCAAAAAGCGGAAUGAUGUUCAUUAGAAGUUUUAUGAAGGACCACCUGAAAGGUGCUGAACCACCUGUUGCUUAGACAUACCUCUGCAGUACUUUUGCUUGUUAGUCUGAUUGAAGUAAAUGGAGUAAGUUUAUGGAUCAUACAAAAGUUCUAAUCGGUAUAAUUAAGAUUACCCAAGAGGUUAGGAUCCUUGUUUGGUUUUGUUGUUUUUGCUGUUAAUGGUAUUGGUUCCACUGGAUACAUGUGGUCUGUGUUAAUCUAAUGGGUCAGAGGAUGGUAAUCUGCAGACCUGCAGAUUUCUGCUGCCCAAGUUAUGAUGGAAAGAGAUACAGGCCGUCCUCGUGGAUUUGGGUUUUUAACAUUUGCUGACCGUCGCGCCAUGGAAGAUGCAAUCAGAGAAAUGCACGGUAGGGAGCUUGGUGAUAAGGUGAUCUCUGUGAACAGGGCCCAACCAAAGGGUGGUGGUGAAGAUUCUGACCGUGGCUAUAGUGGAGCUUACUCAUCAGGUGGCAGGGGCAGCUAUGGUGGGGGUGACAGGUCAGCAGGGCCAGACAAUUGCUUCAAGUGUGGCCGCCCAGGCCAUUGGGCUAGAGACUGUCCAUUAGAAGGUGGUGGCCGCAGUGCACGUGCAGUAUCCCCCCCUCCUCGAUCAAGGUAUGCUGGAGGUAGUGCACGUGGGGAUCGUUAUGGUAGUGACAAUCGAUACAUGGAUGAUCAAUAUGAUAGAGGGCAUCAUGCUGAUAGGGACCGCUAUGAUCACAGAGAUGAUAGAUAUGGAAGCCGUGAUCGAAUUGCUAAUGACAGGUACAACCCUCCUGGUGGUGAUCGCUUUGCUGGCAAGUAUGGCGUUUCUGACCGAUACCCUCAGAAUGGUUAUGGCAAAGAGAGGGAUUCCGACAGGGAUGUAGGCCCACGAGGUGGCGACAGGUACGCAGCUGGAGGACCAGCACGGCAUGAGGGAAGAAACUACAACAGAGAUAGAGUGGGACCAUAUGACCGCCCUCGUAGGGGAGGAGGACGACCACCCGCCUUUGACCGUUAUUGAAGUGCUAAAUAUGUGGUGUACUCGUCUAUCCAUGUUCAAAAGAUAUUUGUACUUUAGUUGACUUUUGGAAUCGUCCACUUGUAUGGAUUAUUAGGAUUGAGUAAAUGUUUCAUAAAAAAGCUAGGAUUGGUCAACGUUAGUUGCUUUUCCUAAUUGUCUUCAUUCCAAGUGACUAGUAAGUCAGCUUAUGACGCAUGAUCGCCCUUAGAGCAAUUUAGUUGGAAGUAGCAGCAUUAGUUUUACUACGUAAUUCUAAUCAGGAAUACCAUUAUCUUGUGCUUUUGGUUGAUUCUGUGUGGUUUCUGCUCUCCGUUUUCUGAUUUUUAUAGAAGGUUGUGAAAAGUGAUCAAGUAAA